AUGCACUUACCAACACUCGACUCCAGCGCAGGUGUGAGUGGUCUCACGACCGCCCUGCUCCUCUCCAAGCACAAAGACUACGCCGUGACGAUCGUAGCCAAGCACGUGCCGGGUGACAGUGACAUCGAAUAUGCCUCGCCAUGGGCAGGCGCGAAUUUCCUACCAUUCAGCAAACCAAACACGCCUGCACAGCAGUAUGAGAGAGAUACUUGGCCGGAGCUGGAGCGGUUGGCUAGGCAUGUUCCGGAGGCGGGGAUUCAUUUUCAGAAUACCAUCCUCUACCGCCGGGCCAAAGACAGCGGCACACCAACGGGAGAAUGGAUGGCCGAUCUCGUGAGCCAAGAUCCGUGGUUCAAAAACCUCGUUCCCAAUUUCCGCAUACUCGACCAAUCCACUCUACCCCCCGGCAUCGACAGCGGCACAUCCUUCACCUCCGUCUGCAUGAACGUAGGCCUCUACCUCCCCUGGCUAACCUCACAAUGCCUCCUCAACGGCGCAAAACUCCACCAAACAACCCUCGCGCACAUCUCCGACGCCGCAACCCUCCACCACUCCAGCCGAAAAGCAGACAUCAUAAUCAACUGCACAGGCCUGUCCUCCCUCCGCCUAGGCGGCGUGCAAGACCCCGCCCUGUACCCCGCGCGCGGCCAAAUCGUCAUCGUCCGCAACUCCGCCGGAGGGAAUAUGUACACCGUGUCCGGCACGGACGACGACCCGGCGGAAGCGAUGUACAUCAUGCAGCGGCCGGGAGGCGGCACAGUGCUAGGCGGGUGUCUGCAAGCGGGGAACUGGGAGAGCCAGGCGGAUGCGAAUCUGGCGACGCGCAUUAUGAAGCGCUGCGUGGAGUAUUGUCCCGGGUUGGUCGGGGAGGGGCAGGGGAUUGAGGGGUUGAGUGUGGUGCGGCAUGGGGUUGGACUGAGGCCUAUGCGGACGGGGGGCAUUCGGGUGGAGAGGAGCGUGGUCGGGGGUGUGGUGGUUGUGCAUAAUUAUGGGCAUGGGGGGUAUGGGUAUCAGACGAGUUAUGGGUGUGCGGGAGCUGUUGAGAGGCUGGUGGAGGAGGCGGUGCUAGAGCGGGCGAGGCUGUGA